UUGUGAAAACAUGCGUGUUCCUGUGGUGCGUUUAUUGCUGUUUACAAUUUGUGUUCAUGAGGUGUUACGGUUGACUACAUGGCAGGAAAUAGCACGGUCAACCCAAAACACACACGUAGAUAUUUUACACAUGAUUUGACUCCAUGGAAACCUUACAUACCCAACAGGAUCACAAUGCAUUCUUCAUUCAUUAGCAGCUGCUGGAUGCGGUUGGGCUUCCAACCCGAUGACGAGUGGGAGGUCUGUCGCCUGUUGUAGCAAGCCCCGGACAAGGCUACUCCCCAUUCCAGAAAACCUAGAGAAAGGAGCACUCAAAUCACAUCCGUUACCAAGAUAAAUUUAUCAAAUUUUGGAUGUGAAGAGGUGAUGCUGGGGGUGGCUGGAAUGACGGGCAACAUCGCCAAUGCCCUGGCCAGUGCGGCCUGUGAGCGAUGUAAGAGUGGCUUUGCUGCCACUGAGAAGAUAGUCAACAGCAACGGAGAGCUGUACCAUGAGCAGUGCUUCGUUUGCGCCCAGUGUUUCCAGCAGUUUCCGGAGGGACUUUUCUAUGAGUUCGAAGGCAGAAAAUACUGUGAACAUGAUUUUCAGAUGCUCUUUGCUCCUUGCUGUCGGCAGUGUGGUGAGUUCAUCAUCGGUCGCGUCAUUAAGGCCAUGAAUAACAGUUGGCACCCUGACUGCUUCUGUUGUGACAUCUGCCAGGCUGUGCUUGCAGAUGUGGGGUUUGUCAAAAAUGCUGGCAGGCACCUGUGUCGCCCGUGUCAUAAUCGGGAAAAGGCUCGUGGCCUGGGCAAGUACAUCUGCCAGAAGUGCCAUGCCAUCAUUGAAGAACAGCCACUGAUCUUUAAAAAUGAUCCUUACCAUCCAGACCACUUUAACUGCAACAACUGUGGGAAGGAACUGACAGCUGAAGCCAGGGAACUGAAAGGUGAACUCUUCUGUUUGCCCUGCCACGACAAGAUGGGGGUGCCUAUUUGCGGCGCUUGCAGGAGACCAAUUGAGGGCCGCGUUGUCAAUGCCAUGGGCAAGCAGUGGCAUGUUGAGCAUUUUGUAUGUGCCAAGUGUGAGAAGCCUUUCCUCGGUCAUCGCCAUUAUGAGAGAAAGGGGUUGGCUUACUGUGAGACUCAUUAUAACCAGCUGUUUGGUGACGUGUGUUACCACUGCAACCGUGUGAUUGAGGGCGAUGUGGUGUCUGCACUCAACAAGGCCUGGUGUGUCAGCUGUUUCUCCUGCUCUACCUGCAACACAAAGCUCACCCUCAAGAACAAGUUUGUCGAGUUUGACAUGAAGCCUGUUUGCAAAAAGUGCUACGAGAAGUUUCCUCUUGAGUUGAAGAAAAGGCUGAAGAAGCUGGCCGAGUCUUUAGGACGCAAGUUUUUUGAACUGCUGGCCAAGUUGUGAAAUAUACUGAGCUUUGAAUCAUCACAAAGCGGUGGGACCGUGAAGGCCAGAGUGACAAUGCGGUUUAACAACGCAUAAGCUCGGUCUUCUUUGCAGAAGCAGCCAUCUGCAAAGUUGACCUUCUGUAUGAUAAUUUCUGGGUCUACGGCCAGAACUGAAAUAAAUGGACUCUCCUCAUCUGACAGUAAAAUAUUGAUAGCAUCUAAAACGGCUACAAUUUUUCGUGGGGAGCAGCGGUCUAGAUUUGUGAUCCUGAGGACCACCCUGAUUCUUCUGCUCUCAAACACCUCCAUGAACUCGACAAAGCGAGAGAGGAACCACAUCUCCUUCCUCACUUCGCUCAUGAAGCCCAGCUUGCUGCUGACCCGCUCGUUGUCCAAGCCCCUCUUGAUGUUGAGUUCCUCGUUGAAGAUGAGGUUCUUGCCCAACAGGAAGACGAACCUCAGAGCGUUGGCGGCUGGGACUCCAAAUGAAGCGAUGACCAGGCCUUCCAGCACACUGACUUGGCUUGUUGUACCAUUAACUUUUGCAGCUGGUUUUCCCACAUGCUUGGGAAGCUCAAAGGUCAACAGGAAUAUCAGAAUGAUGAUUGGUACCAUGAGACUGAGCAGGACGAGAAACCACAGAGGGCAGCAACAAAUCCUUUUGGACCUCCAAUGAUGAGGACCCUCCACCACUAUCUGAAGGGAGUAACAGGAAAAAAAAGAUGACUGACAAUUGUGUGUAAUAUAUAUGAAGUAAAGAACUGAGGCACAUGUUUGCAUUAAAGGAAGCUGGAAUUUAGGCUACGUUCACACUGCAGGUCAAUUCCGAUUUUUUUGCUAAUGUGACCUGUAUCUGAUUUAUUUCAUGCAGUACGAUUCCCAUUUUUUCCAAAUGCAACCUCUUCUGUCAUAUAAAUCCGAUCUGUAUCCGAUGCUACUGCAGUCUGAACGUUCAUGUCCCCGUAUAUCCGACCUAUACGUCAUUGAAAGUAAAUACACGCUCCUCGGAACGGACCUUCCUUCUUAAUCUCCAACACAAAAUAAUUUUGUUCAGAAAACGUCGACUCUGGUUGCACAAAAUACUUGAAAUUGCCACAAAUGCACCAGGGCUGAGACCACAAACUGAGGCAAUGUUUACUUCUGCAAACUCAUGUAUCGUGUGUGACUUUGUGUUUUGUGCUCUUGCGCGUCACUUCCCGGACACAUUGCAUUCACAUUAGCAAAAAAUCCGACCUGGGCAUUAUAGUCUGCAGUGUCAAUAUACCCUUAAGACAGUUUAAAAGUGCUCUUACUAAAGCCUACACUAGACUGUUAGGCAGGAAGAAGCGCUACAGUGCAGGUUAUCUUUUUUUUUUUUUUUUUUACAUACACACUGUAACUCUGCACUUGUCCAACGUAAUAGAUGCUAUAUAUUACGUACAACAACGUAACAUUAAGGAGUGGGAAAGGAGGACACACACGUUAGCAACACUAGUAGCUACUGUGCCAUGUGAGCAACAGUGCUAACGUUACGCUCACAUUUUAAUGUAGAGCUUCCACGUCUGGAGCUGACUGACGGAUAGUUGGCAGAGCUCCAGGCUUUAUUUUAAGAUGUGUGGCGAAGCCUGCUUUUUACAUUUAUUUUUUUUACUGAAGCUGUCAAGCUCUCCGCCAAUUUUUUUUAUUACAUUUUUACAAUAAUAAUUUUACAUGCAGAAAACAAAGAUGCUUACAAAUGAGAAAUGAAAGGGAUAAAUGAACAUUUAACGUCACUUUUACCUUGGUUGAAGACUUGAAUGACGAAAGACGGCCGUGAGGCAGCGGCCACGGACGAGCGGAGGUCCACACAGACAUCACCUUCCUGUUUUGCUAUUCAAUAGUAUUUCUCACCAUCUUUAUCAAAGCGCUGUUACUUGCAACUUUCUUUGGCUCCAUUUUGGGUUAUUUUGCAGCCGUGAUAAAUAAGAAAAGCA